AUGAAUCAAUUUGGAGUUAUUGUUAGGAGUUUUUCCAAUUCUGCCGCUGUAAAUAGUGCUAUUAAAAAUGUAACAAUUAUCGGCGGCGGUUUAAUGGGAUCCGGCAUUGCUCAGGUCACUGCACAAGCCGGUCAAAACGUGACGCUCGUAGAUGUAAAUUCUGACAUCCUUGCAAAAUCCCAAAAGUCUAUUAACAAUAGCUUGGGGAGAAUUGCGAAGAAGAUUUAUAAAGACAAUCCUCAAGAAGGUGAAAAGUUCGCAAGGGAAGCUUCUGAACGCAUCAAAACAGCCACCGAUCCUGUCGCUGCUGUUAAAGACACAGAUUUAGUGAUAGAGGCUAUUGUGGAGAAUUUGGAUGUGAAGCAUGCAUUGUUCCAGAAAUUAGACAAUGCCGCCCCCGCUCACACAAUAUUUGCAUCAAACACCUCUUCUCUAUCAAUCAAUGAUAUCUCUUCGGUGGUUAAGAGAAAAGACAGAUUUGGUGGUCUACACUUCUUUAACCCUGUACCAGUUAUGCGUUUGUUGGAGGUUGUCCGUGGUGGGGAAACCACUGACAGCACUUUUGACACUAUGAUGCAAUGGGGUAAAUCAAUUGGAAAGACUUGUGUCGCCUGCAAGGAUACACCUGGUUUCAUUGUCAAUCGGUUGCUGGUGCCUUAUAUGGCAGAGGCUUUGAGGCUGCUCGAGAGAGGUGAUGCCUCUGCUCGAGACAUUGAUAUUGCUAUGAAGCUUGGAGCAGGUUACCCAAUGGGUCCCAUUGAACUAUUAGACUAUGUUGGUCUGGAUACAACCAAGUUUAUCUUGGACGGCUGGAACAAGAACUACCCAGACCAGCCUUUGUUCAAACCUAUACCGAUACUAAAUAAAUUAGUAGCUGAAGGAAAACUUGGUGUUAAGACUGGAGAGGGCUUCUACAAAUAUGAUAAGAAAUAA